UGGUGAAGACAACAAGCCCGUCACAUUCACUGUCAGUAGGAGUGACCUGGGGAGGAGCAUUCGUUGUUAGGCUGAAAACAUCAACGGUCAGACAUCCCCACAGUCUAACAGAGCCACACUGGAGGUUUGGUUCGGACCAGAGCAUGUUGAUAUGACAAAACCAGACAGCAGCGCGACUUUAGAGAACAGUAACCUGACCUUGACUUGUGGUACCACCGGUUACCCCAACCUGACCUUCACCUGGGACUACAGCGAUGGAACACCUGUAGGUGGCAGCACAGGACCUGUAGCAGACUCUUCUACUCGGUGGUCCCAGACUCUCAACUUCAGGCCAAAAAAAGGCAAGGCAAGUGUAAGAUGUCACGUCAGAAACACAAAAACAUCCACCAUUAAGACUGGCUCUGUGUCACUAGAUGUCAAGUACCCCCCCCCGCCUGUCCCUCCUUCCAUCACACAGUUUCCGGAUCUGAUGUUUGAAGGAGACCAACAGACAAUUAGCUGCUCGGUGACAGGAGGAAAUCCUCUAGCUACGAUCACAUGGUCCUGUCCUGGGACUGGAUCAGCAUCGGUCACUGACAGUGGUCAGACCAGGACAUCUACUCUCUCCUUUGCUGUCAGCAGGAGUCAGAAUGGUCAACAGUGUCAGUGUCUCGGGACGUGGCAGUAUGGAGGAUACAACUACACUGAUGUCAGGACAUUCAACGUCAGCUGUCCCACUAGCACGCAACCGCUUAAAGACGAAUAUACCAAGACAGGUGUAAUAGCUGGAACCGCAAUGGGAACCCUGUUUCUUACCUUGCUGAUUGAAGGAGUAGUUCUAACGGUACUCUACCGAAAGGGGUUCAGGUGUGGAAACGUCAUGAAAGGAUCUGCUUCGCCAAAAAGCCCCAGAAAUCCUGAAAUUGAAGAAAUGGAAAACACAGCAGGAUAUUCAUCCCUUGAUCACAUCAACAGUCCAGCUCAGUCCCCAAGCAUGGAUACAGGGGGUUCGGAAAGACAACAUUACACAAAGCUGAAGGUUUAUGAGAAUACAAACGUCGAUGCCAAACCAGAAACAAGAACCUACGAAGACUUGACAGAGACGCCUCCUAUACCAUACGAGUCCAUCAGCGCUUCUCCAUACCAGAACAGCGGCUCUCAACCUCAAGAUCCUCACUAUAGGAAUGCGUGAAGAAACACCAGAUGUGACGGACACUAUGUCAAGGGAUAGUAAUACACAGCCUAUGAACUGAUAGGUUUCUUAGCUCUCAUGUAGUGUGUUUUACUGUCAUCAUUUGCUCGUUACCUGAUAGUAUUCCCCUAUGAUAUUUCCCAGUAGUAUGUACAUUAUAGUAAGUAAACCCAGAACAUAACAGUUUAUUGCAUAUGUCUUUUUCUAUAAUAGUAGAUGAGUUCAUGUAAGGAUAUGUAAUAAUGAAGGAUGAAUGGUGUUCAUUGUCUGUUUGUAUCAACUUUCCUUUUAAAGAUUACGAGUUAUAUCGGAAAUAAACACUCGUAUAACCAUCCACACUUUAGUAUUUAGACAACCCUUUCUAAAGUAUUAUUGUAUGUUUACUGUCUUAUUGAAGUGGAAAGUUUACUCCGAUACCCACUGCAACAAAUACACACGUAUCCAUCCAUUUUGGAAAGUUACAUGCUGUGUUAAGAGUUCUGCAUAUACAUGUAUAAAUAAUAUAACAUCUUUGUAUAAGUAAGACAACAAAUCCGCAAACUGCUACACAGACCCGCUGGGUUUGAGAUUACAGUGUCACAAUCAUUCGUUUGAAUAUCAUGUCAACAGAUGUGGUUCAUUUUUGUUUUCGUGGGCUACAUCACAUCACGAGAGUCAGUCGUCUGUAUGUGCGUAUUGUAAGCCAAGGUCAGUUACACGGAUCCAUAUCAUGUGUGUUUUGUAUAAUAAUAAUAAUAAUAAUAAUAUGGACAUUUGUAGAGCGCAGUAGUAACUCCACACCUCAAGGGCAUGCUCUUUGCGCAACAGUAAAUAUGUACACUAUAUACAUGAAGAGGUUUUAUAAGAUUUAGUUGUGGUUGAACAAGAAUGUUUUGAGUCUUGAUUUAAAGAUGGAGAUGGAAGGAGAUGACUUGACAUGGAGCAGAUGACUUGACAUGGAGGAGAUGACUUGACAUGGAGGAGAUGACUUGACAUGGAGAAGCAGUGAGUUCCAGUGGGAAGCUGCGGGAACGCUGAAAGAUCUGCCGCCAAAACUUUGCAACUUGUAUUUUGGGACACUGAGAAGACCUUUGUCUUGAGAUCUGAGAGACCGCGCUGGAGUGUAGGGUGUUAUAAGAUCUUGCAUGUA